CUUUAUAGUACACAAUUUGAAGUUGUACUUUUAACGUUAUGGCACAACUUUGGAUUGUAUCUAUACUCUUUUGUACAAAUUAAUUUAGGAAAUUCCUACAAUACCUUGAAGUUAUCUUAACUUGAUUUUUUAACAUGCUAUAACAGGUUUCACAAGUCGCAUUACGUAAAAUACAAUAGGCAUUACGAAAAGGUUACUGAUGACUUGAUAUAUACACAUGUUUUUGUCCACCAUUCUUGUACCGUUUGAGUCUUAAUUCUCGUGUUUUAGGCCGAUUUUACGCUAGGUUGUUCUUGUUUGUGAUAUUUCAGGUCCUAGUACGUGAAUGAAAGUUUGGGAACGAGUUCGGGGUUGAUUGGACGAAGAUUGGACAUUUGGCGAGAAACUGAGGAAGCCACACGGGCACGCCUAAAUUUCCACACGGCCGUGUGGCAUCACUUUGAACGGGCAAGCCACACUGGCCGUGUAGGGGACCCCUUGUGGCCGUGUGGAAAGUCCAUGGAGCUCACAUGGCCAGACUAGAAAUCCACACGGCCGUGCAACAUGCUUGAAGUCCACUUAUCGAAACGCGGUGUUUUGACAUCCACACGGGCAGACUGGAAAGCCACACGGCCGUGUGGUCGGAAAAUUCUAGGUUUUAACCCAAUUUCUAGCCAAAGGAAAGAGAGAGCUGGGUUUUGGAUCCCAAACACCCAAGGGACGAACCAAAGAGAGAGAGGGCAAUUUGAGGGCAUUCUUGGAGUGGAAUUGGAGGAUUUCUUCGCUUUGGAAGCUCGAGGAACAAGCCCGGACUUGAAGACUGAUCAUGUGAAGAUUCUUACUGCAGUCUCUCUCUUCUCUAUGGAGUAACUUCCCUUCACUUAGGUUUUGAGGAACCCUAGCUAUGUUUAUUUGAUUGGAUGAUUGUAUGAGUACUCUUACUUGAUAAUCUUGAGUUCAUGUUCAAUCUAUGCAUGUUUUCAUGAUUCAAUUAUGCUUUAGUCGAGAUUAUUGAUUCUGCUUUGAUCCUAUGAGAGCGAAUACCUGAUUAGGUCAAUAGAGCACCAUAGAUUGAUAGUAUUGGAUCGAUUGCUUUAGUCGAGGGUUGAUUCAAUGCUUUGUAUCGAUUGAGAACCUCAUUAGAUAGAGGGAAUUUAGUUCAGAACGCCUUGAUCGGUUGUUCUAGAGAAGGAUACGUCCCUCUAGGCAAUCGACUCAUGAGGGCCUUGAUCCUUUUGUCGAGAUUCAAGGUUUAGUCAAGAAUUUUCCGCAUUGUGAAUGAAAGUGAAAAAAGUUAGAGAUCAUCAAUCAUUAAUAUAGCUAGUGGCUAGGGGGAAUCAUACCUAGGUGACUUCCCAACCUAUAAUUAGAUUAAAUUUAACUAUAGUUUGUUAGAGUAGUUUUAGUUCUUCCAUCUUAAUCUGGUUUGCUAGAUAAUGAACUGAAGCUGAGUAAUAGUAACUCUAGAGGCACGUGGAUUCGAUAUUUAUUGCUUGAGCCACUAUACUGCAGUCCCUUCCAUUGGUUACACUUGGCCAUUGUUAGGUGUUGCGUCAUAGCGAGUCAGUUACGUAAUGUGUGUUUAUCUUACGUAAUAGUUGAAAAUGUCAUUACGGAAAUCUUACGUAAUAGACACUCAUUUUACGUCAUGAAUAUUAACCUUUUCGUUAUGUAACCUGUUAAAUCAUUACGAAAGGCUUAUGUAACGCUUCUAGUUUAACAGUUGCGUAAGGAAAUAACUAUUUUUCCGUAACCUUUACGUAAUAGAUGCAUACUUUACGUUAGAGUUGUAAAGUGUCAUUACGGAAACUUUACGUAACGGAUGGUCCUUUACGUAAUAAAUAUUAAUCAAGUUACGUAAUGUGGUAAGUCAUUACGAAAGUCUUACGUAACACUUCAAAUUUAACUAUUACGUAAGAAAUAACCUUUGUUAUGUAACCUUUACGUAAUGAGCGUGUAUUUUAUGUAACAGUUGUAAAAUGUCAUUACGGAAGCCUUAUGUAAUAGUCGAUGAUUUUACGUAAUGAAUAUUAACCUAGCGUUACGUAAAAUGAUAAGUUGUUACGGAAACAUUAUGUAAUGCUUCUAGUUUAACUGUUACGUAAGACUAACAAGCAUUACUUAAUUAUUACGUAAUAAACAUUAGUUUACGUAAUGUGACUUGUAAAACCUGCUAUAACAUGUCAACAAGUUUAAGUUAUAGUAACUUCAGGACAUGGUAGGAGGUCCAAAAAUUGGCUUUGGCGAAAAGGGAAAAAAAUGAUAUAGUUUAACCUCCAAUCGACCUGACGCAUCGACCAGCUAGUUGACAACCUUGAUUUUCCCCUUCUUUCUGACUACCCCCCCCCCUCCAUCUUGUAACUCUAUUCUUGGCUUACAAGCCUCAUUUGAAAAAAAGAAAAUGAAUAAUAACAAUAGAUCUUUUGAGUCGCAUUUUCGGUGAGUGACACUUAAAUAUUGAAUAAUUAGCUUCUAUUCUUGGCUUAGACCAUCCACAAUGAUGGAAGGGAAAAAAGGGUGGAGAAGAGGAAUUGGUCACAAUGGGUGGGAGGGAAAAAAGGGUAAUGGGGAGGGGUUUUUUUUCAAUCUGAUAAAAAAAAAAAAAGGGCACCAGCCGCCUGGCCCAAUCAUCUUCUUCUACCAGCAACCCACUUUUUACUCAUUCUUGUGUCUUUUUCAGAAGGGUAAACCCUCCCCCAAUAGCCUUCUUUUCAUUUUUAGCCUUUUUAUCCUCCCCUAUUGUAGGCUUUCCCCUCCUUUUUUUUUUCUUUUUCCCCCUUUUUUUCAAUGUUUGCUGUGGGUGGUCUUAAAAGCCUUAUUUGAAAAAAAGAAAAGAAAAUGAAUAAUAACAAUAGACCUUUUGAGUCGCAUUUUCGGUGAGUGACACUUAGAUAUUGAAAUUAGCUUCUACUCGUCCUCCUAAUUAGCGAAAUUGUUUUUAUUUACUACUUCUUUAAUAUCUCUGAUUUACUUUUGUGAAAUAUGGAAAUGGCUAUUUUAGGAAGGGAAUAUACAAGUCUAAUUUUAAAUUAAAUGAAAUAAACUGAAGAAAGAAUAUAAGCAACGUAAAAAUAAAUAUCUGUGGCAAAAUAAAAAAAUAAUAAUACGGAAUCAACGUGGUUUUGGGUGAUUGACGAGUGUGAUAGUGAAAGUAAAAGAUAAAAAUUAAAAACAUAAAAGUACCAAGCGUACAACAAGUCAACAAUCCACUUCCGUUCUUCUCUGAGAGAGGAAGUACCGAAGUAGGGGUUUCGCCGCUUUGUACUAGACCUAUCUCGUCCCUCUCUCUCCUCAAAUUUUUUCAUUCGGCUCUAUCCUAAAAAAAAACCAAAUCUAUACGGCUCUCCUCCGCCUCCCCUGUCCUAUAGCCGCCGGCCCUUUCCCCAACUCCGUUAUUCUUCCUCUCUCCCUUACCUUUUUCCAAGCCGAUAUAAUCUUCACGGUGCCGAGUUCUACCUAUACGCCUCUCCCUCUCCUCCGCCGCAUCUCCUGUCCUCUGGUCGCCGGUCCCCUUCCCCAGCUCCGUCGCUCUCUCUCUCCUCCUCCGCCUCCCCUGUCCUCUCGUCGCCGGUACUCUUUCCCCAGCUCCCUCUCUCCCUUACCACAUGAAAAGCCGACCCUGUUUUGAAGGUUGGUUAGUCUCAUAUAUGAAUAAAGUUCGAAACUUUAUUCCUUUUUAUUGUCUGAUCAAUGGCAUGGGUGAGAUUAUUGUUACUUUUUUUUGUUGUUGUUUCAGUCAGACAUAUUUUUUUUAUAAUUUUUUUUUGUCAGAGGCAGAGUUGAAUAUCUUGCUGGGGGUUCCUAGUCGAAAUAUAUGAAUGGAGUUGCUGGGUUUCUCAUCACCGUUAUGGUUGUUCUGUUCUAGAUCUAUGUUAGCGAUGUUGAGUAUUUUGUUCUAUACUAACAGAUCUGACAAAUUCAGAUUGCGUUGAACUUGUUAUUGUUUGUAGAUCUAACAUGUCCUCUCAUUUAGUCUUCUUCUUGUUUGAUCUAGAUCUGAUUGUAAUUGUUUUGCAGCGAACAUGAGCAUGAACAUAUAGAAGAGGAGGACUUGGACAGUUCAAGAGUAUGAAUGAGUUGGCGAUUUCAUAUUUCCCCCAAGGGUUUGAAGUUCUACUCAGAUCUAAAUAUCAAAGUAAAAGAGGUAUGGAUCUUACUUGAUACUUGCAAAUAGAGAAUUUGCUUUAUUUUUUGUUGGUGCGCUGGAUGUCUUAUUGAUUUAAAGAUUUGGGAUAGCAGAAUGGUUAGAAAGAGUGAAUAAGUUGCAACGAAUUUUUUGAUGUUUAGCUAGCAUCCAGAGCUGUUUGGUUCAACAUGGUAGUGCUUUGCCCAUUGCAUUUUCUAUCUAUGAGUUAUCUGUUUGAAACAAAGUAUCGAGAAGUUUGGAUCUCAUUUCCUGUGUGGGUAAUAAUAACGGUGGUAAAAAAACGUUUCUGAAAACUCAUAAGCAUCAUAAACCACAUAUUCUUCAAUCAACAUCACGUCAUGUUCAAAUUUGCCUUUCAUUCAUGUCCCAUUACUCAUCAAAAGAACCAGUAAGUUUUUAAGAAACGUGAAAGAGGAAAGAUAGGGAGCAAGUUCCUAUCAUUAGAGUCACUUCUCAUGUCCUUCAGAGUAAUCAGUCCCUAAGCAUCCAGCAUCCACAAAAAAAAAUGAUGUUUUCGGGUUAGUAAUGAUUUAGAGAGAACCAUGUAGUUGAUCUCUUUAAUGAAAUGAAUUCUCUCUUAAUGCACUAAUAAUAAACUAUUCUUCAUCUAUCAACCAUUAGUUUGAAAUCAUUAGUUUCAAACUAAAUGAUAUAGUUUGACCUCCAAUCGACCUGACGCAUCGGCCAGCUAGUUGACAACCUUGAUUUUCCCUUUCUUUCUGACUAUCCCCCCCCUCUUGUAACUCUAUUCUUGGCUUAAAAGCCUCAUUUGAAAAAAAGAAAAGAAAAUGAAUAAUAACAAUAGAUCUUUUGAGUCGCAUUUUCGGUGAGUGACACUUAAAUAUUGAAUAAUUAGUUUCUAUUCUUGGUUUAGACCAUCCACAAUGAUGGAAGGGAAAAAAGGGUGAAAAGUGUGGGGAAAAAGGGUGGAGGAGAGGAAUUGGUCACAAUGGGUGGGAGGGAAAAAGGGUAAUGGGGAGGGGGUUUUUUCAAUCUGAUACAAAAAAAAAGAGGGCACCAGCCGCCUGGCCCAAUCAUCUUCUUCUACCAGCAACCCACUUUUUACUCAUUCUUUUGUCUUUUUCAGAAGGGUAAACCCUCUCCCAAUAGCCUUCGUUUCCUUUUUAGCUUUUUUAUCAUCCCCUAUUUGUAGGUUUUCCCCUCCUUUUUUUUUCUUUUCCCCCCUUUUUUUCAAUGUUAACUGUGGGUGGUCUUAAAAGCCUUAUUUGAAAAAAAGAAAAAAAAAUGAAUAAUAACAAUAGACCUUUUGAGUCGCAUUUUCGGUGAGUGACACUUAGAUAUUGAAAUUAGCUUCUACUCGUCCUCAUAAUUAGCGAAAUUGUUUUUAUUUACUACUUCUUUAAUAUCUCUGAUUUACUUUUGUGAAAUAUGGAAAUGGCUAUUUUAGGAAGGCAAUAUACAAGUCUAAUUUUAAAUGAAAUGAAAUAAACUGAAGAAAGAAUAUAAGCAACGUAAAAAUAAAUAUCUGUGGCAAAAUAAAAAAAUAAUAAUACGAAAUCACCGUGGUUUUGGGUGAUUGACGAGUGUGAGAGUGAAAGUAAAAGAUAAAAAUUAAAAACAUAAAAGUACCAAGCGUACAACAAGUCAACAAUCCACUUCCGUUCUUCUCUGAGAGAGGAAGUACCGAAGUAGGGGUUUCGCCGCUUUGUACUAGACCUAUCUCGUCCCUCUCUCUCCUCAAAUUUUUUCAUUCUGCUCUACCCUAAAAAAAAAACCAAAUCUAUACGGCUCUCCUCCGCCUCCCCUGUCCUAUAGCCGCCGGCCCUUUCCCCAACUCCGUUAUUCUUCCUCUCUCCCUUACCUUUUUCCAAGCCGAUAUAAUCUUCACGGUGCCGAGUUCUACCUAUACGCCUCUCCCUCUCCUCCGCCGCAUCUCCUGUCCUCUGGCCGCCGGUCCCCUUUCCCAGCUCCGUCGCUCUCCCUCUCCUCCUCCGCCUCCCCUGUCCUCUCGUCGCCGGUACUCUUUCCCCAGCUCCCUCUCUCCCUUACCACAUGAAAAGCCGACCCUUUUCAUGUUUUGAAGGUUGGUUAGUCUCAGAUAUGAAUAAUGUUCGAAACUUUAUUCCUUUUUAUUGUCUGAUCCAUGGCAUGGGUGAGAUUAUUGUUACUUUUUUGUUGUUGUUGUUUCAGACAGACGUAUUUAUUUUUAAAUUUUUUUUUGUCAGAGGCAGAGUUGAAUAUCUUGCUGGGGGUUCCUAGUCGAAAUAGAUCAAUGGUGUUGCUGGGUUUCUCAUCACCGUUAUGGUUGUUCUGUUCUAGAUCUAUGUUAGCGAUGUUGAGUUUUUGGUUCUAUACCAACAGAUCUGACAAAUUCAGAUUGCGUUGAACUUGUUAUUGUUUGUAGAUCUAACAUGUCCUCUCAUUUAGUCUUCUUCUUGUUUGAUCUAGAUCUGAUUGUAAUUGUUUUGCAGCGAACAUGAGCAUGAACAUAUAGAAGAGGAGGACUUGGACAGUUCAAGAGUAUGAAUGAGUUGGCGUUUUCAUAUUUCCCCCAAGGGUUUGAAGUUCUACUCAGAUCUAAAUAUCAAAGUAAAAGUGGUAUGGAUCUCACUUGAUGCUUGCAAAUAGAGAAUUUGCUUUAUUUUUUGUUGGUGCGCUGGAUGUCUUAUUGAUUUACAGAUUUGAGAUGGCAGAAUGGUUAGAAAGAGUGAAUAAGUUGCAACGAAUUUUUUGAUGUUUAGCUAGCAUCCGAAGCUGUUUGGUUCAACAUGGUAGUGCUUUGCCCAUUGCAUUUUCUAUCUAUGAGUUAUCUGUUUGAAAAAAAGUAUCGAGAAGUUUGGAUCUCAUUUCCUGUGUGGGUAAUAAUAACGGUGGUAAAAAAACGUUUCUGAAAACUCAUAAGCAUCAUAAACCACAUAUUCUUCAAUCAACAUCACGUCAUGUUCAAAUUUGCCUUUCAUUCUUGUCCCAUUACUCAUCAAAAGAACCAGUAAGUUUUUAAGAAACGUGAAGGAGGAAAGAUAGGGAGCAAGUUCCUAUCAUUAGAGUCACUUCUCAUGUCCUUCAGAGUAAUCAGUCCCUAAGCAUCCUGCAUCCACAAAAAAAAUGAUGUUUUCGGGUUAGUAAUGAUUUAGAGAGAACCAUGUAGUUGAUCUCUUUAAUGAAAUGAAUUCCCUCUUAAUGCGCUAAUAAUAAACUAUUCUUCAUCUAUCAACCAUUAGUUUGAAACUAAUGAUUUCAAACUAAAUGAUAUAGUUUGACCUCCAAUCGACCUGACGCAUCGGCCAGCUAGUUGACAACCUUGAUUUUUCCCUUCUUUCUGACUAUUCCCCCCCCCUCUCGUAACUCUAUUCUUGGCUUAAAAGCCCCAUUUGAAAAAAAAAAAAAUGAAUAAUAACAAUAGAUCUUUUGAGUCGCAUUUUCGGUGAGUGACACUUAAAUAUUGAAUAAUUAGUUUCUAUUCUUGGCUUAGACCAUCCACAAUGAUGGAAGGGAAAAAAAGGUGAAAAGUGUGGGAAAAAAGGGUGGAGGAGAGGGAUUGGUCACAAUGGGUGGGAGGGAAAAUAGGGUAAUGGGGAGGGGUUUUUUCAAUCUGAUAAAAAAAAAAAAAAAGAGGGCACCAGCCGCCUGGCCCAAUCAUCUUCUUCUACCAGCAACCCACUUUUUACUCAUUCUUUUGUCUUUUUCAAAAGGGUAAACCCUCCCCCAAUAGCCUUCUUUUCCUUUUUAGCCUUUUUAUCAUCCCCUAUUGUAGGCCUUCCCCUCCUUUUUUUUUCUUUUUCCCCCUUUUUUCAAUGUUUGAUGUGGGUGGUCUUAAAAGCCUCAUUUGAAAAAAAGAAAAGAAAAUGAAUAAUAACAAUAGAC